AUGGGCAAAAAUAUCGUCGUAUUAUGUGAUGGUACUUGGAAUAGUCCGAAUUCUAAAAGCAACAUUUAUUUAUUAUAUAAAGAAUUACUUGAAAGAGACUAUCAACAACAUGUUUUAUAUAUAGAUGGAAUUGGAGUUGGAGAAAUGGCUUUUGGUUUUAUUAUAGAUGGAGCUAUAGCUUUAAGUCUUGAUGCUAAAAUUAAAAAAGUACGUUUUUUUAUUGGCGGUCGUGGUGCUUACACUGUUAGAUGUAUUGCGGGAAUGAUUCGAAAUUGUGGAAUAUUAAAAAUUAACCAAGACAUUACAUCAGAUCAAAUAGACAAACGUGUUAAUCUAGCUUAUGAAAUUUAUUGUGAUAGAGACGUGAUUUAUCACCCGGAAGGAAGUGGAUCUGAUAACUUUAAAAAGGCAUUUAGUUAUCCUGAUUCUGAAAAACCGAUUAUUAAAUUUCUUGGAUUAUGGGAUACAGUUGGUGCUUAUGGCAUACCCGCCUAUAUAAUUGGGGAAGGGUUUAAAUAUUUGGAGUUUUAUGAUCAAACUAUACCUAAUAUAGUUAAUUUUGCAUGUCAAGCUUUAGCAACACAUGAAAGAAUAUCAUUCUUUGAACCUUGUCGUAUAUUUCCAAAUAGUUCUGGAACAGUAACUAUCAAAGAGACUUGGUUUCCUGGUAUACAUAUAGAAAUAGGAGGAGGAACUGUUUUAAAAUUUGGUGGUAACGAAAGAAUAUCUAAAGCAACUAUUUUAUGGAUGAUAGAAAAUAUUGAACAAAUUGGAGGUUUAUUAAUGCGUGAUAAUAUUGAAACAUAUCUUACGCGUUUCUCACCAGAUUUUGGACCUUCUUGGAAUGUUAAAAAUUUGAUAUUUGAUCACAGCAGUUCCCUCAUGCCAACGUUCAUGCUUAGAGAUAGAGUUAUUCCAUUAGAAUUAGAUUCUAGUCAAAAGUUUUUAAGAAAAGAUCUAAUUUAUAGAGAUAGUAACUGGUUAAUACCAUUUGGUUCUAGGUCUCAUCUAAGUAUUCAUUAUGCUUCAAAUACAUAUGAAAAAUUACGUAAAGUUAUGGAAACGAAAGGAAUUAGACUAUAUAAAAAUGUUAGAUAUGAUAAGGAUGUAAACAGAAAGGCUCAUUUAUAA